CAUUUCAAGUGUGUUCCCACUAUCAAAUGUAGUUUUUUAAAAAAAAAUGACUGACUUUCCAACCUGGAUUAUUGUAUGUCUUUAGAGUCGUGCUCCGAUUGGCUAAAUUCACACAAGGGGCUCGCUGAUUGGACAAUGAAACUAGCCAAUCGUAAUAAGUCUACCUGAGUUAAAGGGGAAGGGGGGAAGAAAAACAACCCAACACAAGACUCAAUAUUUCUAUUACCGAAAUUAUAUUUUGUAUUUAUAUGUUGGUCAUUUGAGCUAAAGUUUGAGUUAUGGAAGCGAUAUUUCAGCCUCCAAAACGAAGGCCAAAAGUCUAUGAAUAUUUUGAAGCACCACUUCCGGUUUCGUUCAGCAACGAUCCUGCAUCAGAACUGCAGAUAUACAAAGCUGAAAUCAUACACCACCAUGUCAUAGUCAGAGAAAGUGAACACAUUCAAGCUCUUUAUAGAAAGGGUUAUUUUGGUAAAGGAGUUCUGUCCAAAAGUAGACCACAGCACAGUAUUUCUGAACGGUGGGAAUAUGUAGGUGACAGAUGUUUACCUGUCAUCCCCAUGGCAAAAUAUGAGCAGCAUGUGAGAUGGGCCCGCUCGGCUCUCCUGGCUCAGGGAUUGGAUGAAGAAGCUGUCAGUCAGGUGCUGAAAGAGCUGACUCAUCCUAUUGAGACGGACCUACAGAAAGAACUCUUUGAAGAACAAGCUGACUUUCAGGAACAUCAUGAAUCAGUAAAGUGUCCAAUGCAGUCUUCAGAUCAGGACCAGACGAUGGAGGAUGUAGAAGCUAUAAAAAGUGAUGAUGGAGAAGGCUCCGGAUUCUCAGAGGCUAAGAGACCACGUAGACAAGGAGAUCCACACUAUGAUCCUCUAUCUGAAUUAUAUUCCGAAGAACCUGAACAAGUCAAUCCAGCCAAACUCACGAAGAUCAAAUGCAAAAGACAUGAUGACUGGAUCAUUCAUUGUGGAUGUCGAAUAGAUGCAAGUGAAAUAAGUGGUGGGGCGGUGUCGGACACGCAGGGCUGUAAUCUGUCUGUAGCUCACGGUUACGUUCUGGUGGAAGAGCCUGGAGAUAAAGAUGCAGAUGAGGACGUCAAAAGAAGCACAAAAGGCAAGUUGGUGUGCAGAAUAAACCCUUUUAACAUGAUGGAGUACCUACAGCUCAGUUACGAAGAGGCUUUCUUCCUGGUUUAUGCGCUUGGAUGCUUGUCAGUUUCCCGUGAUGGGGAAGCCUUGUCGAUCCUUCAGCUUUGGAGAAUGUUUCGUUCAGCACAGCCUAACUUUGAGAUGACGUACACGGCCUAUCACUACUUCCGCUGUAAAGGAUGGGUGCCCAAGGCAGGAGUUAAAUACGGCACUGAUUUCAUGCUGUAUCGGAAAGGACCUCCAUUUUAUCAUGCAAGCUACUCCGUGGUGGUGGAGAGAUCAGACGAGUCGUUCCAAGGUGCUGCUCUGAGGCCUUUUACCUGGAGAUCUUUAGCUGCUCUCAGCCGAACCACCGCUAACGUCUCUAAAGAGCUGAUGUUUUCUUACGUUGUGGUGCCACUGGGUAUGACUGAGGAGGACUUCUCUUCACCAGAGUGCCUGAAAAGACUCAAAGUUCAGGAGAUUAUCGUGAGCAGAUGGAUUUCCUCAAGGGAACGAACAGAACAGGAAGAAAUCUAAAUGAUUCUGCUCUUGAGUGCCAUAAAGCUCUAAUAAAAACUUUGUACUUUC